GAACUUCAACGAGUGAAUCCAAGGUAUUUGUGAAACAUGCAGGGAGGGCUUUAGCUUUGGUGAAAAUCUCAACUCUGUCACACUACAGAAACAAGACUUUUAAUUAUACAUAUGAGCCGAGGGUAAUAUUACCACGAUACAUGGACUGUGAGUGGUAGGAUUGGCUAAUGGGCUUUCGUGUGUUGUUUAUGUUAAUUGACAUUAUAAAUCUUAGCAUAACAAGCUACAAAUACAGGCUCUGGAAAUAGUGGAAUACGUCGUCUUUGAGAAUGUCCCGAUCUCUGCGGGUUUUCUCCUUUCUUUAUAGGCUUCGUGCUCCAUCAGUUAUCUCCUUAGUUUCUUGUAAUAGCUAUCGAUUUGCAAGCAGAGUUACCAGCAAGACACAGAUGGGACAUACCCAUGUGCGCGGAGACAGAGGACCAAAUAGACCCAGAUACAGGGAUGAAAUGUCUGAUGGAGAGCUAGAAUUGGAUGAUGUGGAGGACAAGCUCGAGGCUUUGCUUGACGAGGGGAGGAAAAGGCAGAGGGCAGUGAAGUACCACAUUUUAAGGAGGCAGAUGACUCCACCAGGAGCUCCACAGAGGAUGUUAACCUGGGAUGCUAUUGAGCAAAUUAGAUAUCUCAAGAAAGAGGAUCCAGAGGAGUGGACAGUAGAGCGCUUGGCAGAGGGUUUCUCAGUCGCCCCUGAUGUUAUCUUGAGGGUGUUGAGGAGCAAUUUCAUCCCCUCUCCAGACAAAAGAGCCAAGCAAGAUGCUAAAGUAAUGGCAAGAGUUGGUCAGCAGUUGUUACCUUCAAGUGGUGGGGCACUGCAAGACAAGUUGAAACUGCCUGGUAACCGCACACCAGCCACACUCCCAGCUGGGAAUGUAGGAACUGCUUUGGUCCCCGCAACUGGUUUGAGUCAGAUGAUUCGAGGUAAAGGCUCCGGAGCCCUACUUGCAAGUCCCAUCCAUGUUACUUCACUGACCCCUCAGGUUGCAGCUGGUGUUCGUAAAGAUGCCACAGAGAAGAAAUUACCUGUAGAGGAUUUCACUGGUACCAGUUCCACAGAGGACAGUUACACAGAGGAGGAUGAGGAUGAAGACAGCUGGGAUGGAUGUGUGUUAACAGAGGAAGAACUUGAAGAGUAUCUUGAAAUGGAAAAACCUGCUCCUGUGGUGCAGGUUGGAAAUGAUUUCUGUGAUGCAGAGGGAAACUUUUUGUAUAGAAUCUGACUACGUGUUGAGCUGAUGGAAGAAGUUUAGAUUAAUAUUGCUAUGCCAAAUAUAUAUUAUACUAGUCAUUCAAAAACUCAGUGAUUUAUGUAUAUUACUAUGUUGCCUGUUAAUAAAUACUUUUGCUUUAUUUUCCAAGUCAUUAUUGAACAUUUUAAAUAUUAACUUUUACCAACUCAUUUAUUUUCUCAGCUUGUCUGUUUUUUUCUCCACAUUUGAACCAGUCACAUACUUAGAUUCAUAUACAGAAACUUUAUUGUACAUGGAAAUAAUUCACUGAAUAAUUUUGAUAAUUUGUAAGUAAAACCUCAAAAUGCAAGUCUUGUGAAAAUAACUUAAAAAUGACCCCUUGUUUAUUCAUUUACUCGCCUACUUAAUUCUCCACUCACAUUUCCAUA